AUGACUGACGCUGGAAAGAGCACAGCCAAGUGGGUUUUAGUCACUGGCGGUGCUGGUUACAUUGGGUCACAUGCUGUGGCCGAGUUGAUCGAAAGCGGCUACAGAUGUGUGGUUGUUGAUAAUUUCUGCAACUCGUGCUACGAGCCUAUUGCUAGGCUACAGGUUUUGACCAAUACAAAGAUUCCCUUUUUCAAAGUGGAUUUGAUGGAUGGGCCUGCUUUGGAGAAAGUGUUUCAACAGUACAAUAUCGACUCUGUGAUCCACUUUGCCGGUCUCAAGGCCGUAGGCGAGUCGACAAAGGUACCACUAACGUAUUAUCACAACAACAUCACAGGAACCGUUGUACUCUUGCAAACCAUGAAGAAAUAUGGAACGACUAAGUUAGUGUUUUCGUCUUCAGCAACCGUGUAUGGAGAUGCUACAAGGUUCCCUAACAUGAUUCCUAUCCCAGAAAACUGCCCCACUGGUCCUACAAAUCCGUACGGAAAGACGAAGCUUCUGAUCGAGGAGAUUCUCGAGGACUUGCACACGAGUGAACCUGAAAAGUGGCGGUUUGCAGUCCUAAGAUACUUUAACCCGAUCGGAGCACACCCCUCUGGUCUCAUUGGUGAAGACCCUCUGGGUAUUCCAAAUAACUUAUUGCCAUACAUGGCUCAAGUUGCUGUAAAGAGGAGAGAUAAAUUGUUUGUUUUUGGCAAUGACUACGACUCCCGUGACGGAACCCCAAUCAGAGACUAUAUUCAUGUCGUUGAUCUAGCAAAGGGUCACAUUGCCGCUUUAAAAUAUCUUAAUGUAGCUGACAAUGAGAGUGGUCUGUGUCGUGCCUGGAACUUGGGUUCUGGAACUGGUUCCACUGUUCUCGAGGUCUACAAAGCUUUCUGCAAAGCAUCAAACAUAGUUUUACCUUACGAUAUCGUUGGACGCAGAGCCGGUGACGUGCUAAAUCUGACCGCUAAACCAGAUAGGGCAACAGAAGAGCUCAAGUGGAAAACGCACUUUAAAGUGGCAGAUGCUUGUAGCGACCUUUGGAAGUGGGCUACCGGAAAUCCAUAUGGGUAUCAAGUAUUAGGGGUGGCAGAUGCUUUUUUCAACUUGCCGAACGAUUAUGAGUCACGAGUCGUUGCACUGGGAUGCGGCUCUGGUUUCGAGAUCUCUCUCAGCAACGUGGGAGCUAGCAUCGUUGACCUGAAAGUUGACGGCAAGUCGGUUGUGUUAGGCCUUGUAAACGAAUGUGAAUAUGUGAAUGACAACAAUCCAUACCUCGGAGCGACAGUUGGACGUUAUGCCAAUCGCUUACGUGGCGGUAAAUUCAGCAUCGACGGCGUUGAGCACCAGUUGGAGCUGAAUGAAAAAAGCGCCACUGUGCACAGUUCAUCAAGCUCGUAUCACAAAAGGCGCUUUUUGGGCCCUCUUGUCACUAACCCAUCCAAGUUCAAAUACAUUGCAAAGUUCGCGCUUUUGGAUUCGCAUUCACAGUUCCCAGGGGACGUUGUGGUCAAUGUGACAUAUGAAAUAGAUAUAAAAACCAGGGAGCUUGAGGUUGAGUAUGAAGGAAUAGUUCAAGAAGGGCAAAUGACAGUUAUAAAUCUCACCAACCAUUCCUACUUCAACCUAAACCCGUUUCAAAACACAGGAUAUGAUGGUACUGAAUUCAAGCUCUUCUCGGAUCAAGUUCUGGAAAUUGAUGCAGCAGGUUGUCCAACUGGACGUGUGUCGAAGAGUCCUGAUGCUUCAAAAUUUGUUUACACAAAAGGUGGGGUCCAGUUUGACACAUGCUUUGUAACAGGGAACAAAGGUGGAAUAGACACACGUGAAAACAAACUGGAACCGGUUAUUGAAGCGUACCAUCCUGAAUCAAAGCUCAAGCUUAUAGUGUGCACCACUGAACCUACUUUUCAAUUCUACACCAAAGGGCCUGGUUUCAUAGAGGGCUACGGCGAACGGUUCGGUUUCUGUUGUGAACCUGGUAGAUUCAUUAACGCAGCAAACAUAGAAGAAUGGAAAAGCGCGGUGACUCUCCGCAAAGGAGAGGUCUAUGGCUCGAAAACACUAUACAAGUUCAACUAG